CUUCCGGCGACAGGCGGGGUUCACCUCGGACAGGUCGCCAGCCAGUCGCAAGGCACAUAUAGACAAUCAUUCACACUCACAUUCACACCUAUGGACAAUUUAUAUUCGCCAAUUAAACUAAUAUGCAAGUUUUUGUAAUGUUGGAGGAAACCGGAGUACCCAGAGAAAACCCACUCAUGAAGAGGGAGAACAUGCUAACUCCACACAGAGAUGCCCAAUCGCCUGACUGUGCUAACAUGCUAACGUGCGGCCCGGAAUCCAGAAACAUUAAAUUGUAAACAUGUCCUAUUAGAUGGCCCAAAAGCAAUAAUUUUUCAAGCAGCCUAAUAAGAAGCAGACAACAUUUUGAAGAGGGAAGCAAAGGAGGGGGGGUCUGUUGUCUGUGCCCAUUUGGAACCCUCCAGACAGUGUUUGCAGCCCCACAACAGACCUCUUCUGCAAAUCGGAGUCAGGAUUUUGGGAAUCACACGUGGAUGCUUGGAAGUCUGCACUGGGACAACAGAAAAAAUGGCAUCCCUGAGCAGAAGAGUGACAGAAUGGACUCUCCUGGUUGUGUUGGUCGCUGCGUGGUGGCUUCAAGCAGAAGGACGGAGAGUAAAGCAGCCCCGGUGCCCCUCUGGAUGUACCUGCACUAAAGAUAAUGCCCUGUGUGAGAAUGUCCGAUCUGUGCCUCACACUUUCCCGUCAGAUGUCCUCUCACUGUCUUUUGUCAAGUCUGGAUUCAAUGAAAUCACAGGAGGGAGCUUUGUACACACACCUGCCCUGCAACUACUAUUAUUCACGGCUAAUUCCUUUGACGUAAUCGACGAGGAUGCUUUCAUGGGUCUGCCACAUCUGGAAUAUCUAUUUAUUGAGAAUAACAAGAUUGCUUCAAUAUCCCCUUAUGCAUUCCGGGGCCUGAAGACAUUGAUUCAUCUGAGCCUGGCUUACAACAACCUUGAGACGUUACCUAAAGAUGUGUUCAAGGGUAUGGAUGCUUUGACUAAAGUGGAUCUGCGAGGCAACAACCUGAUAUGCGACUGCAAGCUCAAGUGGCUGGUGGAGUGGAUGCACCAAACCAACGCCACACUGGACCAGAUCUACUGCAGCGGACCCCCCAUUCAUCAGGGCAAGAAGAUCAACGACCUUCUGCCGCACUCCUUCGACUGCAUCACAUCAGAGUUCGCCGCUUAUCAAUCGCUGAAGUUCGAGUCCAUUUCCGUGGAGUCGUUCACUUUGGGAAAAGACCAGUUCGUUGUGUUUGCACAACCGUUUUCCGGCACGUGCAGCUUCAUUGAAUGGGAUCACGUGGAAAUGACCUUCAGGAGUUUUGACACCAUUGAAAGCACUUCCACGGUGGUCUGCAAGCCCAUGGUGAUCGAACACCAUCUUUUCGUCAUCGUCGCGCAGCUCUUCGGCGGCUCCCACAUUUACAAACGCGACAUCUCCGCUAACAAGUUCAUCAAAAUCCAAGACAUCGACAUUCUGAAAAUACGCAAACCUAACGACAUUGAAAUCUUCAUGAUUGACGGGGAGUCAUUCUUCGUCAUUGCGGAUAGCUCCAAGGCCGGCUCCACAACCGUGUACAAAUGGAAUGGCAACGGAUUCUACUCCCAUCAGUCACUCCAUCCGUGGUACCGAGACACAGAUGUGGAAUACCUGGAGAUUUCCAACAAACCCCACUUGAUUUUGUCCAGCAGCUCCCAGAGACCUGUGGUUUAUCAGUGGAACAGGGGCUUGAAGCAGUUUGACCGCAGGACUGAUCUCCCUGACAUGGAGGAUGUGUUCUCCGUGAAACACUUCCGGGUUAAAGGAGAUCUGUUUAUAUGCCUGACAAGAUUCAUCGGGGACUCCAAGGUGAUGCGUUGGGACGGCGCCAUGUUCAAGGAGGUCCAGACGUUCCCGUCUCGCGGAUCUAUGGUCUUCCAGCCCGUCUCCAUUGGCAACUGGCAGUACGCCAUUCUGGGGAGCGAUUACUCGCUGACGCAGGUAUACCAAUGGGACGCCAAGAGGGGCCACUUUGUGCCAUCCCAAGAACUGAGCCUCCAGGCCCCAAGGGGUUUUUCUUUAGUGUCAGUGGACGGUCGAGAGUUUCUGAUUGCAUCCAGCUUUAAGGGGAAGUCGCAGAUAUACGAGCACCUCAUGAUCGAUCUUAGCAAUUAAAUCCACAUAAAAGCCAUUUUAAAUUCGACCGCAAUUUUCCAGGAAAUAUAUUCCUUAAAAGUCGGAUUUUGGACUACAGACACCUCAGCGAAAUCUGUACAUAUGUUUUGCUUUUUCUUCAUUUUUUUUUUUUAACACGGGCAAAAAAAAAAAAAACACCAAAAGAACAUUCACUGAAAAAGCGGACUCACAUUGAAAGCACCAUCGUUCGUUAUCAAAGUUACAGCUGACUUGUUUUGUCGUGGUUAACUUCUUUUUACACUUGUGUGACAAGAUUAUUGUUUUGUUUUUAUGUCUCAAUAUUAACAGGAGUUAGCUUCUUUUUACACUUUUUACACAAAUUUAAAUAAUUAUACCCUAUGAUAAAUAAUAGCAGAUUUUUUUUGUUUUUAAAAAUAUUGUUUAUUGUUAAUAUUAUUUAAAAAUUAAAAAAAAAAAUAAUUCUUACGUUAACAGCUUUUAAAAAAUAUUUUAAAGGUGUUAUAUAAUAAAUAGCGGCUAAUUUAAAAAAAUAUAUUUCAAAAUUAUUACAAAAUAACAAAAUAAUGUCACACAAGCAAAGUGGCUAUUACAAAAUCUGUUAAAUCUGAUGUUAUUCAAUUAAAAUUUGUUUUUUAAUUAUAUACAUUUAAAAAUUAUAUAUCAAACAAAAAACAAU